CCGCCUGAUGACGUCAGCGGAAGUCCUUCGCUCGUCAUCGAGGUCACAUUGGUCCGUGGUGUAAUGUUGUGAGGAGCGACGAUGGAGGCAGCGCACACAGAUGAGAUCCACCUGAGGCACGUGGAGACAGAUGUCCUGAUCCCCAAAAUGAUGAGGGACAAGGCCAAGGAGCUCUGUGUGGAGAAGGUUGAAGCCUUCAGCCUCUGCUGUCGGGACCAGGGCUUCCUCAUGGUGCUGAAGUGUCGGGAGCAGACCGCGGCGCUGAAGGAAUGUCUGACGAUACACUACAGGGACCCUCUGUUCUUCGAGCAGUGCAAGCAGGAGUACAUCAAAGAGAAGCUGGAGUUUCUGAGGACUGGCGUCGCAGCAAAGAACCGGAAACAAAAACUACCGACGAGCAUGUGAGGAUCCACGGGGCCCGUCGGCGACCCCGGGCGGCGCCAAGACACGGCGCCAUCCGGCAGGAACCAGCGUGUUUAAUUUAGAUCUGAGGAGUGAAAUCAGUGUGUGUGUGGUUCUGUAUGUGUGCAACAUGUCCUGACCGUAGGAGACCUCCCACAUCUCCACCCCCGUGUGGUCAUGUGACUAAGACAAAAUACUCAUUGGCCUUAAAGUGUAUAUCGAUAAAUAAAAAAGCCAAAAUGUGA